ACAGUGGCAGUUACUCUGUUUGGUUUUCACUGAUACAGAGGCAGGAGAUUAGUUCUUGUUGUCGGAGAGUAUCCUGCUUAGGGGCCACUGAGGCGUUCAUGAAGAUUCAUUUGAUAUUCUGAAAUUGGGGGGCAGCACUGAGGCCAACACUCACCUGUGAAGCAGACGGAAGAGAAGAAAGAUGGGAUCCUCAGUUACUGUAGUUACUCUGUCUCCCCUCAGGUGGAUCCUUGUCCUCCUCAUCAUUGUGCAGCAGCUCAAUGCAGGGAGCAUUGAUGGCCCAUGCGAAGGCAGAGACUGCUCUGUGUGUCAGUGUAAUCCUGCUAAAGGUGCCCGGGGAGCUCCAGGGAAGGCGGGACAGCAAGGGCCCAAGGAGCCAAUGGGACCAUGGGGACAUCAAGGGUCAUCUGGAGAGAAAGGCAGGAGGGGAACAGAGGGAGCAUUUGGCCCAGAAGGGCCCAAAGGAGACCGGGGCAAGACUGGUGUCCCUGGUUUUACUGGUAAUGAUGGCUCACCUGGUCACCCUGGAGCAGGCGGUGAGCCUGGUUUGCUGGGAGCUGAUGGCUGUAACGGGACAAGGGGUCGACCAGGAGUCGAUGGUAUUCCUGGUUUUGAUGGUCUCCAUGGGCAACCGGGUUUACAUGGACAUAAAGGGAUUAAAGGAGAACCUGUCUAUGGGGCUGCCCUUCCUGGACAUCCGGGGGAGCAUGGUAGAGAUGGACAACAUGGUCAACCUGGAAAAAAAGGAGACAUUGGACCUAGUGGACGCACUGGCCGUCGUGGCGAUAAUGGAUAUGAGGGUUUGGAUGGACUAAAAGGUGUGAGAGGACCGCCAGGUGACACCGGAGGAUCUCUGGCAGGAGCUGAAGGUGACUCUGGGGAACAAGGCCCAUCUGGCCAACCUGGCCCGGACGGAGAAGAAGAAUCCAAACAAUUUCCUCUAGAAAUUCUUCCAGCCAAAGGUUACAAGGGAGAGCAAGGUCCUUCUGGACCAUGUGGACCAAAGGGCAUAAGAGGCGGUAUAGGAGACUACGGCAUUCAAGGAAUGAAAGGACAGCAAGGAAUCCCCGGUUUUCCUGGAUUGAGGGGUCUUUCAGGAUUGCCUGCUAGAGAUGGACUUCCCGGACCUGAGGGUGUCCAUGGAGAGAAAGGAUUUCCAGGACUCAUUGGAAGGAAUGGAACAAAGGGUAACCAAGGAGAUCCAGGUCACCCAGGUCCCCCAGGUCUCCUGCAAUUGCCCAAUGGAAGUGAUGCCAGAGGUGUUAAAGGUGACAAUGGGAGUCCUGGAUUAGCUGGACACCCAGGUGACCCUGGGCACAUGGGCAUGCAUGGACCUCCUGGCUCACCAGGGUUAACAAUACCAGAAGUGCCUGGGCUGCCUGGUCAACAAGGGAUCCUCGGUCCCAAGGGGUACAAGGGAGAGCCAGGAAGGUAUAACAACUAUGAUAAUCCAUAUCCGGGACCAAAGGGAGUUAAAGGACUCCUCGGGCAUAAAGGUGUCACAGGCUCCCCGGGGCCUCCAGGAUGUGGAGAUUACUACUGUGAGCCUGGUUACCCAGGGGACCCAGGUGAUCCAGGCCAUAAUGGCCCCGGUGGAAACAAAGGACUCAAAGGAAUUAAAGGUUGUCUAGGGGAAUGUAACUGUAGGUCUGGAGGAGUAGGAAGAGAAGGUCCCACCGGUCCAACUGGUUUUCCAGGUUCUCCAGGGAUUCCUGGAACUCAAGGACUUAAGGGAGACCCUGGGCUAAAAGGACAUGACAGUCCAAGAGGACCAGAAGGCUUUCCAGGUAUUCCUGGUAUUAAAGGACACAAGGGUAAAAAAGGUCACUCUUUUGUGUCAGACGUUAAAGGUGCCAAGGGUGACCUAGGAGACCCUGGCCAUUCUGGUCCUCCUGGAGCAUCAGGUGGAUCAGGAAGGGAUGCCCCCCCUGGCCCUGCAGGGGACCCUGGAACACCAGGUGCUGGAUUUGCAGGGUUACCUGGUCCCAAAGGGUACCCUGGUGCUGCUGGACCCAAAGGGUUUCAAGGUCCUAUUGGCCCCCCCGGACCUGGUUUUCCAGGCCCUAUGGGGCUCCAUGGACCUAAGGGUUAUCAGGGAAGUCAUGGCCCCUCAGGAAUUCCUGGACGACCAGGCCCUCCAGGUGAAAAUGGGUUAUGCUGUCAUAAUUAUGAGAUUGGACUACCGGGUCCUGAUGGUGAACCAGGAUCACCGGGUAUUCCAGGUGAGCCAGGAAGAGUUGGUCCUCCAGGAACUCUGGGACACCCAGGCCCGAAAGGCAUGAAAGGAGAUUACACUAGUACUGGUGGGAUUGGACGGAUAGGACUUCAAGGUUUAGAUGGGGAUCCAGGUGAACCUGGUUCCAGCGUAAUUAGCCUGGUUGGCCCUCCAGGCACUCCUGGGUUUCGCGGACAUCCAGGCAGGAAGGGUGAGCCAGGCGAUGUUUUCUCUGCCAGGCCAUGUGAUACUGGACCACUUGGCCUCCCUGGGCUUCUGGGGAAGAAAGGACUACGGGGCAUUCCUGGAAUCCCAGGGCCUCCAGGGGAACAAGGCCUGCCUGGAUCACCUGGAUGGAAAGGAGAGCCAGGAUCCAGUGGUGACCCUGGGGCCACUGGUCCCCGAGGCCCACCUUGCACUGCAUUUGAACUGAAUGGACCUCCAGGCCCUCCAGGCCCUACAGGAGACACUGGAAAGAGGGGGAUACCAGGCUUUCCUGGUCAGAAGGGUUUGAAGGGAGAUAUAGGUCCACCUGGUCAUGGACUGAGGGGUCCAAAAGGUUUCCCUGGCUCUCCUGGAUUGUCAGUGGUUGGAACAAGAGGCCCUCAUGGCCUCUCAGGAGAGCCUGGGGCUGACGGCUGGCCAGGACAGAAAGGGGAAAGUGGGUACCCAGGCAUGCUUGUGUCCAUAGGUUUGCCAGGCCGUCCUGGACCUGCAGGGCCCAGGGGUAAACAAGGAGAGAGAGGCUUUACCGGUCACACAGGGGACCCUGGAUACCCAGGACAGCCUGGUAAUAAAGGUGUACGUGGUUUACCAGGAUUACCAGGACCUAUAUUGAUUCUGAAUGUAAUAAAGGGCCAACCAGGACUUUCUGGAAGUGAGGGGAAAAAAGGAGAACAAGGACCUGAAGGCUCAAAGGGCCCGAGGGGACCACCAGGGGAUUCGGGGUCAGAUGGAUGGCUUGGUUCUUCAGGGUUUAGAGGCAGCACCGGUGCUCCAGGUAGAGCAGGAAGAACAGGGUCUCCAGGGUCCCCUGGAAUCAAAGGGUUCCCUGGUCCAAGGGGAUAUGCUGGACACCUUGGAGAUACGGGAUAUCAAGGGCCUUGUGGACCAUCGGGUAUCUCAGGGUUACCAGGGUUUCCAGGUGCCAAAGGUGACCCAGGACUCUCUUAUGGACAACCUGGUCCACCUGGACUCAAAGGGAUGCGAGGGGAUGAUGGACAGAGUGUGCCCAGAGGGAUUCCAGGAGAUCCAGGAGACCCAGGACCCCGGGGAAGGUCAGGGCAACCAGGACCACCUGGCAUUAAUGCGGAGCAGGGAAGAAUAGGAGGACCAGGCUUCCCCGGGCCUCGUGGCUCUUCAGGUCGUCCAGGUAUUCCAGGUCUGCCAGGCGAUCAUGGAGGUCUGGGACCACCUGGCCCACCUGGCCCAUAUGGGCAUCCAGGGACCCCUGGACCACCUGGUCUUGAUGGACUGGAUGGGCUUAGAGGUCCAAAAGGGAUAAAAGGCGAGAGUGCCAUAGGUUUCCCUGGCCCUCCUGGACCAGAUGGUCUUCUUGGAGUCAAAGGUGUCAGGGGACAGCAAGGGUCUCCAGGAGCCAGUUUUCCUGGGCCUAAAGGCCAGAGAGGCCCAUCUGGCUUCACAGGUAUUCCAGGCUCCCCAGGUGAACUUGGGAACCCUGGCAUAGAGUGCUUCAGGCCUCUACCAGGACCCAACGGGGACAUAGGAUAUAAAGGACCCCCAGGACCUCCUGGCCCUCCUGGGGAGCCGGGCCUUCCAGGCAGCAGCAUUCACUCCAAAGGAGAACCAGGUCCAACCGGCCUCCCUGGGUUACCAGGCCGCAAGGGCGAUGGUGGCCCCUCAGGGCCUCCUGGGUUACAGGGCUACCCAGGGGUUACAGGGCCAAAAGGUGAGAGAGGACCUGCUAGUCUCGAAGGUCCUCCAGGCCCCAAGGGUCAGACCGGGGUCCCUGGGCCUUGGGGCCGGAAGGGAGCAACUGGCCCAACUGGGGCAACAGGUGCCAAAGGUGCUCCUGGUGGUUCCAUCCGAAUCGACCAAGGUGGGGCUCCACCUGGACUCCUGGGACCGCGUGGAGUCCCAGGAUUUGUGGGAUAUCCCGGUGAUGCAGGUCCUCCUGGGACGCCAGGACGUAAAGGACUGAAGGGUCCUGUAGGGUAUGUUGGCCUCCCUGGCAAACCAGGUCCUGCUGGUCGUGAUGGUUCUGUUGGAGACCCAGGAGACGUUGGUCAGCAAGGAUUUACUGGACCUCAAGGUAUCCCAGGUACACCCGGUGAUCAAGGUAAUCCAGGCCAUAGAGGGGCGCUGAGGUCAGGCUACCUUUUGGUUGUCCACAGUCAGUCAGUUCAGGUGCCACGGUGCCCUGAAGGCAGCAGCCCGCUUUGGGUCGGCUACAGUCUGGUCUACUUGGAGGGGCAAGAGAAGGCUCACACUCAAGACCUGGGCCAGGCUGGCUCCUGUCUCCGUGUUUUCUCCACCAUGCCUUUCUCAUACUGCAACAAAGCUGCCUGCGACUACUCCAGUCGCAACGACAAAUCCUAUUGGCUCUCCACCACCGCUCCCAUACCCAUGAUGCCCCUCUUCGGCCAGGAGAUUAGCUCCCACAUCAGUCGCUGUGCGGUGUGUGAGACUGUUGCGCCUGCAGUGGCUUUUCACAGCCAGGAUCACAACGUCCCCUCAUGCCCACGUGGCUGGAGGAGCCUGUGGACGGGAUACUCUUUCCUCCAUCACACAGGGGCCGGUGAUGAGGGUGGUGGCCAGUCUCUUUCUUCGUCUGGCAGCUGCCUUAAGGAUUUCCGAACUCACCCCUUCAUAGAGUGCCAGGGUGCGCGCGGGUCCUGUCACUACUUUGCCAACCUCUACAGUUUUUGGCUGACUACUGUUAGUCCAACAGAACAGUUUAUCACCCAGAGGCCUGGCACCAUCAAGGCGGCGGACCAACAGCGGCGCAAGUCCAGUCAGUGUCACGUCUGCCUCAGAGCACAGUAAAGGACUUCUUCACUUUAAGUUGUAACAUUAAUAAUACAAACCAUUUCACUGUCAAAAUAAAAUACUGAUUACAAUUUAGACUUUUAGAUAGAUUUCUAUUUGAUUACUUCUAGUUACAAAUAAUCCGUAAUUGUAUCUGUAUAUUUUUUAUAUGUUGUUGCUAUAAAUGUAUUCAUUUAUUUUUGUUUUAAGGAGGUGCUAUUUCUAAUGAUGAAAAUGUUUGAUACUGCUGAUGUAACUGAAUAUUUUGUGUUGGGAAAAUACUGAGUGUACUCUUCCAAUAUCAGAGUAGCACAUGAUAACAAAGGCCCAACUGUAGCUGUGUACGUAACAGGAUGUAUGAUUACCUGGAAGAGCGUCAGGACACACUGUUUUAGGCAUAUGAUAGCUAUGUGACAACGAUUAACAUGAUGAUUCAGCCUCUAUGGAGAUAGACAUAUGACAAGCAUGAUCAUUUCUGACGUGGGUCUUAGCUAAUCUAAAAGUAAACAUUGUAUACGGCUUUGAACCAAUAUUCCUGCAUCUUGUGACUGUAACACCCUCUCUUGUAUAUAAGCAUCUAUGUGAUGACUACUUCCAUUCUUGCAAGGAUA